AUCACGUCUUCUCACAUCCGUCCAACAGCAAACCAGUUUAAAAGCAUUACCUCACUACGUUUUGUUCCCUUUAUACGGGCGAUGUAGCGAGUAAUGUUCGCAUUUUUUAAUGCUAUACAUUUCCUGUAUACAUGAACUGAUGUUUACAAGUAUACCUUAAAGAUUCUGCUCUUAUCGGUAAUAGUACAUUGAGAAUUAAGGCCAGACACACGCAUGACGCACACACUCCUCGCAUGAAAAAGUCAACGACCUGACCUAUAUCGACAGACUCCAAACACAGAUUUCGAAGCCUUUUACAACUGCCAUGUGCCUCGGUGUUUUGACAAGUAGAGCAUAUUGCUGUGAAAGGUCUCUGUCUGACUUCUAGCUUCAAGGUUCUAAAACAACCUGUCCGUCAUGAGCACACUCUAUUCGCAAUCUUUGUUUUGUUACAUCACUGUGCAGCGUCUUGGUUGAUGCGCCGAAACGUACUUGCAGCAGAUAAAUACGGGCUUCCGUACGCAUGAGUGAUAAUCAGCGUUUGCGAGACUGCUGUGAUUUGAAUUAGGGACGCGUCACCAGGACAGCUGAAGAAACAAGCGAUUCUUGCUUUACAACCAAAGCCCCACCAUCUAAUCCCAACGGUCAACUGCGUAUCACGCAGCGCUGCGCCAACAGGAAGCAUCACGCACGGGUUACAAAUGUAGCUGUGGCGCUCUCUUACGUACCAGCAUCAUGGACAUCUGUCACCUGAAAUAAAUGCCGCAUUGCACCUUAAACAUUACUGCACAAACAUCCUGCGGUGGCAAAAUGUUCUGCCACAUAAACACCAAUAACAAACAUAAAAAAGAACGCCACAGUCCAAAAUAUGGAUAACUAUUUUGAAGUACGACGCCUAACUAAAGUAUGCUGAUAAAAGCAUUUCCAAAUAUAUCCCUGCCAUGUGUGUGCCUCUUGGUAAUGUUAACCUACAUUCAUAAUAAACCAGCUUCCUGUCUCCCUGCCGCAGUCAUUAAAGGGAAACGUGCAGGAACUAGAUCCGAAUCAACGUCCAAAACACGUCGCCACAAAUACUUCCCGCGCACAACAUCGUUCUUAGCACGCGUUUAAGAUUCGGAUCGCUUUGUCAAAAUCCUCUUUUGUGUCUUUUUGUGCGUGUCUGAUGUCAGAUUUUUCCCUCUUGCCCUCGGAGGGGGAGGAUCUAACCGCGUUGAGUCACGCAGCUGUCAAAGAUAGCUGUCACCCAGUUUCCACAUCAAACACACACUGAAUGAGAGACGCGCAGCCUGUCCCAGGUACCCGACAAUGUGUUGCGUCUCCGACAAAUGAAAAACGCGCUCCGCGGCGAUUCCUCGACAAAAGAAAUACAUCGUUCGAUACUUUGUAACAACCUGGAAUAAUACAGUCUGUGUGAUUAAAGCGAGGAAGAAUCGACGCUUUGGAAAUAAAAAUCCACCUCCUCGUCGCCAACGUGAAAAGGGGAUUUUUGACGGACAUGAAGACCAAAAAGGGUAUGCUGGCGAUGUCUGGCAGCGAGACGGAGGAUGAGGACAGUUUGGACGUGCCUCUGGACCUCUCGUCAAACGGAUGUGUGUCGGGGAAGAGAAAACGGAGAGGAAACCUGCCCAAAGAGUCCGUACAGAUACUCCGCGACUGGCUCUACCAACACCGCUACAACGCCUAUCCAUCGGAACAAGAGAAAGCUUUGCUCUCCAAGCAAACCCACCUCUCCACACUACAGGUGUGUAACUGGUUCAUAAACGCUCGGCGGCGACUUCUUCCCGAGAUGCUGCGGAAAGACGGCAAAGACCCCAACCAGUUCACCAUCUCCCGACGGGGCAGCAAAGGCGGCGAGAUGCUGAGCGACAACUCCCAGUCCCCCAAGCAUGGCCUCCUCGCCAACGGUGAAGACCGCAACGGCUACGAGCCCGGUUCUCCACACCCGACCACCAACACACCCAUCUCUACCGGUUACCCUAAAAAAGCCCUGUCGCCCAAAACACCCCCCUCACCCGGACCUGUCUUACCCAGACCCUCCGUUAUCUGCCACACCACCAUCACCACAGCCACGCAAGGCAGCCGAGUCCCUGGUCUGGGGGUCGAGGGAGCCACGGAGCUUCCGAUCACAGAGGCAGCAGCCCUGUUCGCAUGUCGCGGGGGCGUGGGGGUGAGCAGCGAGGGCAACCUCAGCCCCCAGAACGGCCUGUUCAACACACCACCACCCACCCCACCCGACCUCACCCAGGACUUCAGCGGCUUUCAGCUGCUGGUUGACGUGGCAUUGAAGAGGGCCGCAGAAAUGGAGCUGCAGGCGAAACAGCUCCUCGCCUGAAGACAGAAAGAUGGAUGAAUGAAAGAGUUUCAUCGGUGUUUGUUUCUCGCUCCCCCGAUCCCGCGCCCCCCGAACCGAACUCCACGUGGAGUUCAAAAACUUGACUGAGCAACCGAAAGCAAACAAGCAUGGCCUGAUCAUUUCUAUUUUUGGUAAAUGUAAAUCAAAUUGAUGAGGAUUCCUUUAUGUAAAGCAUUUCAAGGUGCCUUGGCAGUCAGUUCUUUUUUUUGUAUUCCAUUUAUAUGUAAAUAAAUAUGUAUCUUUUGUUUUGUACACAGGGGACCAAAACCAAACACAGUAAAACAACUUCCUGUUUUUCCUUGUUUGGAGAAGACGAGCUCUUCUCUUCGUUUCAUUCCUCACGAGUCUUUCUUUCUGGCUCUACGAUUGUCGACUUUGCCUCAUUUUUAGAAAACGCGUCUGAUAUUGUUCACUCUGCCUCAGUUUUUUUGCACAAGAUGGCAGGUCAUCUCAGUAUCGUAUCAACUCUAGCUUUCUCUCCGACAGACUGUAAUCACUACUGCACCGGGUCGUUCUGUGUCUCAUAGAUGUUCGGUUUUUGUAUUUUGUUGUAAAGUUUCAAAUGCUGUCUUUAGUAUUGUUUUCUUUUCAUUUAUCUUGAGGGAUGUUCAGAUGUAGCAGAACCUAUAGUCUGAGACUUCCUCUGAAUACUCAGUGUAGAAACGGCCAGUGAAUGUGCCCACAUGCUCCCCAACCCACCCCUACACACACACACACACACACACACACACGCACACACACAUGCAUACAAACACACAAAUGAGCUGGAAGAAAUAACACUACAUGAAUUGUAUUAGAUUUUGUUUGUUUGUUUGUUUAUCAAGUUGAGACCACUUUCAGAGGUUCAAAGGAAAGAAUGGUUUUAUGUCACCAAAAAUAUUGAUUUAAAGGUUUUGGGACCUUAGAACAGUGCAUAUACAGUAGCCAAUGUGACAUGAUGCCCAAUGAUAUGUGACUUCUCCUUACUGUGCAAUGUAUGUGGCAAAUAGGGGUCACAAGGUGUUUAAAUAAAGUUUUGUUUUCUA